ACACACCUGCCUAAAAGAAAACGGAGAGAGUAUCCGAGUAUGUUACUCCAUAAUCCGUACCAGAAAUAGGAGAUCCACACAAAACAGGAAAAAUAAAACAAAAAAUCGACCUUAUAGGAGGGGAACAAUUGUCAACCUUACAUUACAAUUUCAAACAAGUAAAGCACCAAAAAAAAAAAAAAAACAAUUUCAAACAAGUAAGCUAGAUAAUUAACAACAUAAUUAACAAUGGUAGCCUUGUGGUUUGGAGUGUUGAUUCUUCGGGUGCUAGCCGUAGUUCAUUCAGAAGCUCAAUUACUUCUGCCAACAACAUUCUCAGAAAAUCUAAGUGUUUUUCAUAAAGGAAAAUUAGCCGUGAGUGAACCAAUUAAGGUAAGAAAUUCAGCGUAUUCAUCUCCACAACAGUUACUCAUUGUUUCGCCAAAAGAAGCAGGAUUGUACCCUGUACUAUUGUUUAUCCAUGGCACCAUGAUUUCAAAUGACGAUUAUUCUGACCUCUUUCUACAUAUUGCUUCUCAUGCCUUCAUUGUCGUUGCUCCUCAGCUCUUCUCGGUAUUCAAUUUGCCAAGUCAAGCUCAAGAGAUCGAAAUGGCGGCAACAGUGGCAAACUGGUUACCUUCAAAUCUACAACACGUGUUACACGAACGUGUUAACAAACAAGUAGAACCAAACUUGGACAAACUUGCAUUAUCCGGUCACAGCAGAGGAGGAAAAUCAGCAUUUGCUCUUGCACUUGGUUUGUCAAAAACCAAACUAUCACUCAAAAUUUCGGCACUUAUUGGUGUCGACCCUGUUGAAGGCCGUAACAAAAAUAAGCGUACACGACCAUACGUCCUAACCUACGAACCCAACUCGUUUAAUCUAUCGAUUCCGGUCACGAUAAUUGGGACCGGGUUGGGUAACCACACGAAGUUAUUGAACCCGGCUUGCGCCCCGAAUGGUGUGAACCAUCAAGAAUUUUUUAACGAGUGUAACAAAGAAUGUUCACAUUUUGUUAUAAUGGAGUAUGGUCAUAUGCAGAUGUUGAAUGAUGUACUUGAUGCUCUAGCUAUUUCGAUGUCACGUGUGUGUGCAUCCAAGAGGGGUUCUAAUAGUAUCAUGAGAAGAACAUUGGGUGGAGUAAUGGUGGCUUUUCUUGGAGCUUAUUUUGGAGAUGAAGGAGGACAAUAUUUUGCUAUUUUGGAUAAUCCAUCAUUAGCACCUACUAAGCUUUAUGCCAAUAACAAGGGUAUUUUGGGAUUAGCACCAAGUUAUGCUCUUUAAUUAUAAGGCAUAUGUCAUAAUUAAUUAUUAAUUGUACUUGUGGCUUUAGUUAUUCGCACCAAAAACAAAAAUAAGACGUCUCUUACCAUGUGUAUCAUUAAUUCAGGGAACAUUAAGGCUAUGUUCUAUUCGGCUUAUUUUGACCGAACGUAUUGAACUUAUAUUAUCUGAACUUA